AUGGAGGACGUCGAUCUAAAGCCUGUGUCCAUCCCCAAGGAAGCUCUUCCGAGUGAUAAUGGUUUUCACCAUGAGCCCUGCAAAGAGAACAAUGAGGAUCACUUGGAUACUACGGAAAGUACUAGCAAUUCUGAGCACGAUGACCAUGAGGUCUUCGUGGAAUACCCAUCAGUGGCCAGGAGGACUGUCAUCGUCACAGGCGUCGCAUUGGCUCUUUUCUGUCUCGGCUUCGAUAUGACCAUCAUCGCGACAGCUAUCCCCCGAAUCACAGACGAGUUCCGUGGUAUCGAGCUCAUCGGAUGGGGUAAAGUCUACCAAUACUUCUCUCUGAAAUACUCAUUCGUCCUUGCGGUCUUCAUUUUCGAGAUCGGCUCUCUUCUCUCAGGUACGGUUCGCCGCAUUCCAUAUAUCUUUCUUUCGGUGGCUCUCGCCCCCGCGGUGGUGCAUGACCUGAGUAUUCUGAUCGCUCUCAUAGGUGUUUCACCAUCAAGUACCGUUCUGAUUGUCGGCCGUGCAGUCACCGGCGUAGGUGGAGCUGGAAUCGCAACGGGCGGUUAUGCCAUCCUCACCGUCAUCGCCAGACCAGAACUUCGACCCAUCUUCACCGGUCUCGUGACCACGGUCUAUAGUGUCGCCAACUGCAUUGGACCGCUUAUGGGAGGCGCCUUUGCAGAGCAUACUACAUGGCGUUGGUGCUUCUAUGUCAACCUUCCUUUCGGUGGUACUUCAGGCGUCAUCAUUUUCCUGCUUUUCAAAUCUCCAACGAGACCCAAGCAACUCGCGUCUCUCAAAGAAAAGGUUUCUCACUUGGACUUUGUCGGUGUCACGCUUGCGGUGGCGGCCCUUGUCUGCUUCAGUCGGGCCCUACAGGUUGGUGGUACGAAGAAGCCUUGGAAUUCGUCUGAAGUCAUCGGUCUCUUAGUCGGGUUUGUCGUGCUGGUGAUUGUUUUCGUCUUAUCGCAAAAGUUUCUCGACGACUGUGCGAUGAUGGUAAGACAUAUCCUCAAGAAGCGCGUCAUCAUCAUCACCUUGAUUUGGGGCUUUCUCCUCGAGGGCGGAUUUUACACCUUGCUCUACGUAUUGCCUAUCUACUUCCAAGCCGUCGGCGACAUAUCACCCGCUCAAGCAGGGGUACAUAAUAUCCCACUUCUUCUGAGCUGCGGUCUUAGCUCCCUCGCUGUGGGGUUUCUCUUCUCCAAAUUCCAGCACCCUGUGCCCUUGAUGGUGUGGGCGAGUGCGGGGGGUUGCAUCGGCACGGGCUUGAUCUACUUGCUGGAUGUCGAUUCUCCCGCUUCGCAAUGGAUAGGCUACCAAGUCUUCGCCGGCCUCGCGUUCGGAAGUGGACUUCCACUUGCAAUAAUCGUAGGUCAAGCGAAUGUUGCGGCUGAGGACAUACCUUCAGCGACAGCAAUGAUACUGUUCAUCUUGGGCGUUGGUGGCGCUCUGGCUCUGGCAACAGCCCAAUCUAUCCUCGACAAUUCGCUCUUGAGCGAUCUGCCGUCGCUGGCCCCCACGGUAGACCCACAAGCUGUUCUCAAAGCGGGUGCAACUGAGAUAUAUUCAACUUUCGCUGUUGAUGCCGUACCUGGUAUAGUGAAAGCAUAUUUGAAAGGGCUUCGGGGUGUAUACAUCAUGAUAAUUGCCUUCACUGGCAUUGCGACACUCGCUGCUGCGACGAAAAAACUGGACAAGAUUAAGUGUUGA